AUGGCUAAAUCAUUUCAAGAGCAAAUAGCAAAAAUCAAACUUACCCGCCAAAGGAUCCAAUUCUCAUUGCACCACCGUAGGAAUUCGAAAACGACGUCGUUGAGCGCCAGGAGCAAGGAGAAGAUAACCGCCGGCGUAGACAGAUUCGCGUCGGAGAAUUCGAAGUCGCUGUGCCAGGGAGAGUGCGAGCGCGUCGUAGCGGAGAAGAGCGAAUUGAGAUCGAUUCUGCUCGAAUCGCCGAGGCUCGAGUAUCCGCCGCCGGAGAACCUCUGCCGCUCCGAUAGGUUUUUCAUCUCGUGCGGAUCGUCGAGAUCUCUAAUUACGGAGGAGGUGUCGUCGUCGUCGGUCUCCUCCUCCGCCAUCACCGUCUCUCCCGAGGCGUCCGGUGGAAAGAAUAUGGUGCGGCGGGAGAAGAACUCCGUCGCGGCGGACGAUUACGUCGCGCUUAUGACGUACUCAUCGGAUCCGUACGAAGAUUUCCGGCGGUCGAUGCAGGAGAUGGUAGAGGCGCGUCUGGAACACGCCGGCGUAGCGGAUUGGAAGUUUCUAGAAGAACUGGUGUUUUGUUACCUGAAUCUAAAUAAGAAGAAGGCGUAUGGAUCUAUACUGAGAGCAUUUGUGGAUCUCAUUGAGGAUUUGCGAGAGAAUUCCGGCCAGAUUCCGGCCAUUUGUUAG